AUGUCAUAUCUUUCAAAUAUUCUUUACAUGUAUUUUGUAUUAUCAUUGGUCUAUGGUUUUGGCCAAAGUCAAGGAGUUUUAGAUAAACUUAAAACAGGUUUUUUAAAUGCAAAAAGUUAUCUAGAAACGGCUCGCGAUAUAGCUGAUCUUGUUUCGAAAAGUUUAAAUUCAAAAAAAACCUUAAGCCAAAGAGGCGAUACUGCCGACUUUGACGAAAAACCAAAAGCAGAAUCUUUUGAACCAGCCGAUGUGAUAUCAACGAUUUUCAAACUUUUAGGGCUAGAUCCAAGGAAAAUUACAGCCGUCGCAGUAAAUAGCAUCAUUUAUUUUGCUCAAUUGAUUGGAGAACUUUUCAAACUGACCCCAAAAAUAAAAGAAAAUGUAAAUAAAAUUUCUGAUGAUUCCAUAGAUCCAAUCCAUUUAAUUGUCGAGAAAAAAAAUGAAAAGCGUUUACUGCAGCAAGCUGAAGAUGAUAAGUUGCCAAAUCAGUUAGUUGACAGUCUCGAUGGUUAUAACACAAAAUGUAUACAACUUUUAAUAUGCAAAAUUUCACCAAUCAUUUGGGCUGCUCAAAAAUCUAUAAGAAGUAAUCCAAAAAAUAGUAAAAUUGAUAUUAUAUCGUGGCUUCCUUCUAGAGAAGAAUUUGAAACUCACUUUGAUAAUUGCGAUAGUAAAUAUAAAGUCUGUCAACAAGAUUACAUAUUAUUAUAA